CUAAUUGACACAUUUGACUGUACAGUAGACUUAUUUGCUUUUCAUUGGAGUUCAUAAGAAACUACCACAUUUGAAAAAGACACAUCAUUUCAAUAAAGUAUUGGGAAAUUGAUGAGACCUUACGUAGGUAUUGAAUUUGCUGGAUCACUCUUGUCAAAAUGGCCACAAAAGAAGAUGACAUCUAUGCCUAUGGUCUGUCUGUGGCUCUCACUAAAGUUGCUGCUCCUUCUACUGUUGGACUUUACUCAUCUUGCCCAAGGCGCAUUCAAGGACUUCUGAGGAAGAUUGAAACAAAUAUGAAAAAGGAAUCAGAACGAAGAGAAAAGAAAUACCCACCUGCACAAAAGAAGGGUUCUCUUUGGAAUUUUCUGUCCAUUUUACUCCGUAUGAUUUUCUACUGGCCGAAGUGGUCGGACAAGCACAAGGAGAGAAAAAAUUUCCAAUACAUAUUUAUACGGUUCAAUGCCUGGCACUUUACAGGUACCGACAAGUUAUGGGCAGGCCUGGUCAUCACUCUCUGUGAAUCGUUUCAAACUAUUUUCGGCCGUUUUCUCGUCAGCAUUUUCAGAACUUCUCAACAAAUAGAUGAGUCUGUCAGGAAAACAAUAAAGGAAAGCUGUGAGAAGGAGUGGAUUGCCAAAACAAUUUGCUGCCUUCCCCUUUGGCUUCUUGCACUUGUUACAGCUCCACUUGUCAUUGGGUUGAUUGCUGUUGUUAUAAUUGUUGGUUUCCCAGUUGGCGACAGUUCUGAUGAUGGUAUAACAGCGUUUGAAAGCAUGGCUAUUGCAACGCUUGGGCUACCAGCUGCCGGUGCGAUGCGGUUUACCUUUCUGUUGAGUAAAAAUCUGAUGUUCAGCCAGGAUUUCAAUAUCCAGAGGCUGAUGGAUAAACCCAGAAUGAGCACUCAGUUGGGCUUCAUGAAUGAAGUGCGGAAAGAGGUGGAAGUUCUCACCAACUUUAUCCGCUUCAUGGAAGUCUACGAAAGAAGGAAUAUCCGUGUCGUCUUGGAAAUUACCAACUUGGAUCGGUGCACUCCUGAGAAAAUUGUCGGCGUCUUGGAGGCAAUAAACAUCUUGCUUUCUGGGGAAAACGUCCCGUUCAUUUCCAUACUAGCGAUUGAUCCCAGGGUGAUUGUGAAGAGCGUGGAGAGCUCCAAGAGUUUUGAAGGCAUGGAUAAAAACGGUUAUCUGUUUCUGAACCGCAUCGUGACCCUGCCCUUUACUGUCCCUGAAAUGGAAAUCAGUUCUAAGCGUAGUGUUUUUAGAAAACUUGUAGAACGUCAGUCAGAAUUUCCUGAAGAUGAUGAAAUAGAAGAGAGCCAGGAGAUAUCUUACAAAGCAGAGAGAUCGCAGGUGCUUGAAGAAUCUUUCAUGGAAAGCGGAAUCUUAUAUGAAUCUCAGAUUCCUUUGAUAAGCAGUACCCCAGACAGACGAGAACAUAAUGUUACCAUUCAGAAAACAGUUAAGGAUUUGAUUAAAGAGUCACUGAGAGUCAUCAGUGAUGAAGGGACCGAGGGAACCUUUAAUGAUUACCUCAUGGAGAACAGCAUUUAUAUGAGAAGAAUUAUCAAUUCAGUAAGAGUCUCAAUUAUAAUCAUGGCUGCCAGAAAGAGAGAAUUACCACCAGCGAAGGAAGUUGCGGCUUGGAUAGUCCUGGCUAAUCAGUGGCCAUGUCGUCUCAGCUGGAUCUUACAGUGCAUUGAAGAUGAUGAACAAAGAGCUGCAAUAGAUAAAAACGUUACUGGGGAAGACAGCAUUGAUGAGACCAAGUGUCUGUGGGAUGUCUUUUGCGAAUCGAGGAUCGAGCUUCACCUGAUAAAGGACCAAAUUAAAAACCUCCUGGAAAUGGACGGGGAUCCGGAACUGUUUGAAAUGUUUCUCAAGAAAGAUUUUUUGUUCACCAUAAAGAAGGCCAAAUUCUUUAAAGUUUUCACCGUCAAUCUCGAUCAGUCCAUCAAGAAGGAGCUGGAAAUAAUCCGGGGAAGCAAAAGUCUAAAAGAUACCAUUAAAUCAGAGAAGACCACCCCACUAAAAACUGGAUUGGUUUUACAAAUGAAUGAAGAUGAUGUGUGCAAAGAGAUGAAAAAGCUAAAAUUCAAUGAGACAAAUGAUGGCAAGUAUAUGCAGAGAAUAAAAGAGAACAAUCUUAAUGGCCGCGCAUUACUUUUUGGCCACAACAACGAGAUCAAAAAUGCCCUUCAGAUGUCCAUGGGAGAAUGGACUGACUUUAGCAUUCAUUUCUUAGGAAUAAAACCACAAGCUGUCUGCCCUGCCAGAGAUAGCUCUCCAUACCUGACGUCAGUCCAACCCUCUGCUAUAUCAGUGGAAAAUCUUGUUGUGGGAGAAAGCACAAGGGCUUAAUGGACCUUUUCAAAUCCAUUUCCCAAUUCAAGAAGCCACAAAAGCCAGGAGCAGAAACCUAAAAAAAUUGCUUUUUUCACAGCUAAUUUCAUGAUAAUUAAUUGUUCAUGAUUUCAAAACACUCAAUAAGAAUUCUAAGAUAAAACUAUAAUAAUCUCUGUUAAGUAAACCAUAGUUUUGGCGCUGAAAAGGACUUCGUUUCUCAUAGUUUUACCUUUACUGGAAAAAAAAAACAUUCUGGAAUAACAGCCCCUGCUGUUUUUGCCAUGUUUCCCCAUUAUAUGAAAUCUUAAAGACUGUGAUAACCACAUAUUUGUUAUCUAGUAUUGCUGAUAAAAGCCACAUUAGCACUAGUAUCCUUAAAGGGCUGUUUAAUAAUGUACAUUCUCCUAAUAUUUGAUUUCAUACCUGUUAAUUGAUAUCGCAUUGUGGGUUUUCUGUAUGGUUGUAGGGGAAGUGAUGUAUAUAUGUUUGUUUGUGAAUGUGCAGAUGAAUUGCCUUUGCAUAAUAACCCUUGAAAGUAUGGCAUAUUUGCUUCAGUCAAAAAUCACAAUGAGACUGAAAACUGCCUGAAAGCUGUCUUUUAAAUAGUGUUACCUGUUUUUGUCACAUCAAAAUUUGCAAACUUUUCCAUCCAGUUGAUGCUCACCUUCAAAAAAAGGAUUUAUGAAUUUGAUCUAGUGAACAAAACCAGGAGGUUGUUAACUAUAGGCAUGAAAUGUAUUGUACCUAUUUUUCAUUAUUCACUAAUGUUAAUUCAAACAAAAAUGGGGGUUGAAACAUGGUCGCUGUCUUAUUGGAGAAUAUAAAGAUUCUCAAACUCAUAAGACUGGUUUUGGUGAACACUGUGAGCCCCCAUCAUAACUAAGUAAUAUGCCCAUCUCUCUUGACAAGGCCUGUCUGCAGAAACCUGUCUAGCCAGGCACAGGUACAAAAUAGGUGUAACUGGAAUGAGACAAAGAGAAAAGACACCACCUACACCAAAGAAGGGUUCUGUUUGGAGUUCUGUGAGUUACUGUACAUGAUUUUCAAAAUGUUUGAAAAACCAAAACAAAAUAAUAGAUGUCCAGUAUAUAUUUAUACGGUUCAGCACCUGGCACUUCACCGGCAGCGAUACGUUGAAAAACAGAGAGUUUACAAAAUACAGUAAUAUCUGACCUAAUAUGAAUUCACCUACAGUAGUGUGCAAAUGUAUUACAACACCCCAUUGCUUCUGUAGUUUUGAUUUGUUGUGCAUGUGAAAUCAAACCACUGCAACUUGGAGAAUUGUCAAAAUAGUGAUUGUCUAAUUGAUGACUUUAAUACGUCAUACAUGCUUGGUCACCAUAUUACUCCAAUGUUCAGGUCCUUGCAUUGGUUACCAGUGAGUCAUCGAAUUGAUUUUCAAGUUGCUGUAAUAAUUUAUAAGCUCCUUCUUAGAUUAGGGCCAUCGUAUCUCCAAGAAAUACUAACUCUGUAUAUUCCUAUUCGUUCUUUAGAGAUCAGAAAGUGCAGAACUUUGAAUUGUUCUAAAAGUCUUAAAUUUAUGUAAUUGGUUGUAGCUGAAGUUUUGCAUUUCAUUUUGUACACCACUCUGGGAUGCCAGGGUGCUUUCUAAAACUGAAUUUGCAUUGUACAAAAAUGUUGGUGGAUUAAUUUACAAAUAGCAAAUAUGCAAAAACAUGUCACAAACAGGUGAUCUUUGACUUCCGUGAAAUGUGAUUGAAUUGUAGGUUGUAGACUGCAGAUGGAACCGGCUACAGCCUCAACUUGAUAUUGGAACAAAAUGACAGUUUGAAAAAUAAGGCAGAUGGGAAUGUGGUUUAACCGCAUCGUGCAUUUCUUAAUCAUUUGCCAAGAGACUCAUCUGUUACACUGUGAAAUAACACUUAAUACAACACCACAGCAUUUAAUA